AUGACCUCCCUAGUCGCCCCACACGCACCAGUCACUCGGCUCCCGGAUAUCAACACCAAGCCGCGUCCCAGCAGUCUCCCCGCCUCGCCGUCUAACACCUUCCGCCCCCCGCGGCACCAUCAGCCCGACAGCCGCCCCGGCAGCCAGCUCCUCGCAGUCCGCCAGAACGUCAGUCUCAAUGGGGCCGUCUCCUCGCCAGCCUUCAUCGCGGGCGCCACCGUCGCCGGACCCCUGACGGCGUCGCACAUCCGCGCCAGCGUCACGAACACCGCCGUCACCGCCGCCGCCCUGUUCGCCAUCUCCGCGGGGCAGACUCUCACCGCCGCCGGGAUUGCAUACACAGCGACUGGGAACGGGACCAUUGCGCCGCCAGGCAUUGGGCCCGCCGCCGCCGCUGCCGCGGCGGCGGCGCUUGCUGCUGGGAGCAGCGGUAGCGGCGGUCGCGGUGGUACGCCGGCGUCGACGGUGGCGGCGGCGGCUCCGCCGCCGCCGGGCUCCGCCACCGCCACCGCCGUCGGCAGCCUCGGUAGUUUGCCCUUGCCGCCAAGCGUCCGAGGUGCCAGCAAUGGCGGCGAUGGCGCUGGCAUGGUUUCGCUCGAGGACGAGUUUGGCGGCGCGGCCAGCGGUGGGGGCGGCGGCGGCGGCGGAAGCGCGUCCGCUGCGGCGUUGCUACCGUCGGAAACAAAACUGAUCGAGGACGAGCGGCUCCGAAACCGCCUGGUCAGCUUGCCCAAUAUUGUGUGCCGGAGCGCCAAUGGAGAUGUAUUCCUCGUUGAUUUAGGCAGCGGCGGCGAAGAUGCCGCCGCCACCGCCGCCAGCGGCGGCGCCCUCAACCGCGCCGCAUCCAUCGCGCCGGGGCGCAACCGCAACGGCGCCGCUGCUGUGGCGGCGGUGACGGCGUUGCAGCGCGGCGCGAUAGGCGCCGUUACGAUGGUGGAGCGUGACCCUUUAAUGGAAGCUGAGCUGGAACGGCACCUCGCCGCCACGGACGAGAUUGUACAGCAGCGGCGGCAGCAGCUUGAGGACGAGUGGCGGCGACGCCGCAUCGUCGCCGCCAACCCAGCGGCGGCGGCCAAGGAGAUGGAGGAGGCGCGCCGUACCGCCGCCAUCGAAUUUGCCGUACAGCAGUUCGUACCGCGGCGGCUGGCGCUCAUGGCACUCAACAUGCCGCCGGUGGAGGGCGGCGACGGGGGGGCUGGCGGCGACGGAACGGAGCGCGGCGCGGUGGAACACGGCGACGGCGAGGGCGGCGGCGGUUCCGGAGCGACUGGAGCACACUCAGCCGGCGUUACUCCGAAGACGUCGCUGUCCGGAGAGGCGCCGCAGUUGUCGACGCCGCCGCCGCGCCAUUUUGGCGCGGAUUUCAAGGUUCCCAUUCAGAACCUCCACUGGAAGCAGCUACAGGCUGGGAUUGAACGGCUGUACGACAGGAUGCCGUUCCUUACAAAUUGGGUUUCAACCAUUAGGAAGCUUCAUCGGGACGAGACCGGUGGCGGUUGGGACGGCCUCAUUCACGGGGUGGACGAGCUGUACGUCAAAGGACGAGAGGAGCACCAAGGGACAAACAUUUACGUCCUCAAGUGCCACGAGUUGGGUGUAACUCCAAGCACGCAGGUCAUCCAGCAGCUAUCCUCCUCCGAAGCCAACAUGUCGCACUGCCACUUGGGGCGCCAGGGGGCGGCUGCGCUGAGGCACGCGCUGUCGGCCAACGUAACCAUCACGCAUCUUAACCUACAAGACAACCAUCUAGAUGCGACGGGCUUGGAGAGCAUUUUGGCGGGGUUGUACAGCGGUACGAUGGCCAAGCAACCGCGGGCGAGGAAGCUUCUAGAGAAGAGGAUUCAAACGGCCGCCAAUACCUUGGGCGCAGCCGUGAACGGCAACGGCGGCGGCGGCGGUGGCGGCGCUGCUCCGCCGGGCAGCCCUUCCGCCGCCGGCGGCGGCGGCGGCGGCGGUCCUUCCGCCACCGCCGCCGCUGCGACGGCGGCGCUGCGCCUCUCCGCGCCCUUCGCCUCGCCGCCGCGACGCAGCAUCCCCGGCGACCUCAAGGAGCAAGAGCAGCGGCGGCUGGCCGAGGAGGACAUGCAGCGGCAGGAGGAGGAGGCGCGGCGGGCCCGCGGUGAGGCCGCUAGGACGGCGUCAGCUCUCGACUCCGUUGGAGAUGCGCCCGAGUGGCUGCGACUCAUCACCCAGGCAACCGCUAGCAACGUCAACCGCGGUCGGGGGGGAAAUAAACCCAAGUCCGGGGGGGCAGGUGGCAUGGGGGGUAUUGGUGGCGGCAAUGUGCCCGGUCAGAGCGUCACGCCGGGCAGAUUGACGUGCGCCAUAACCUCCCUAGACUUGUCGAAUAAUCCGUUGGGAAUCAACGGUGUACGAGCGCUGGCGGAUUUAUUGGAUCCAACGAUCACGCCGUACCAG